AUGCAUCCUCUAACGUCUGUUUCUUUGGCUGAAUCCUAGCCGUCGCUGGUUGAGUGCCCGUACUCAUUUUCUCUUGCAACUCCUCCAACACAAUUAUACACAUUAGUCCUCGUUAAGCAAGACAACUUACACAUCAUGAAAAGUGUAAAAUCGGUUAUGUUGGUGCCAAAACGUAUUUUUAUGGUAAAUUAUGAGAAUGGAUUUGUAAAGCAAUAUACAACAGCUCCUUCAACAGUUGCCAGGGAAAUCAUCCAUCAGAAAACAGGUUAUAAAGAAUCUUCUCUGGCCAACACGGAAAAUGAAUCUGACAGCCCAAUUGCCGCUUACAAAAAGCGAAUUGCCUGUGGGCAGUUACAGCAUGAUGAUUAUCAAAUGUCGGUAGUAGAGAGGCUGCAAAGUCUGUAUGAUAAAAUUGAUAACUAUGAACCUCCAUCAGCCACUGCCAACUGGCUCGCAAAGACUUUUGGAUUUGGCAGCAAGAAUGAGAUAGACAAACCAAAGGGGCUUUAUCUGCAUGGGCAUGUGGGUACUGGGAAGACAAUGCUAAUGGAUAUGUUUUAUCAACACUGUAAAGUGAAAAAGAGACAGCGAGUUCACUUCCAUAAAUUCAUGCUGGAUGUACAUAAACGAGUACAUACACUGAAACAGUCAGUACCACGACAGUAUAAUGUGAGGAAAACACAGUCUUUUGAUCCAAUUCCUCCGGUCGCCAAAGAGAUCAGCCUAGAGGCAUGGCUACUCUGUUUUGAUGAGUUUCAGGUUACAGAUAUAGCCGAUGCUGUGAUACUUAAGAAACUUUUUACAGAACUGUUUAAGUGUGGAGUGGUAGUUGUCGCUACUUCUAACAGAGCACCUGAUGAUUUAUAUAAAAAUGGUCUUCAAAGAGGCAAUUUUGUCCCUUUUAUUGGAGAAUUAAAGAGGCACUGUGAGAUAGUGAGUCUAAACUCAGGAGUCGAUUAUAGAAUGAACACACUCCCUGCUGAGGGCAGAAUCUACUUUCUUCGAACAUAUCUUGUAGUGAUUCAGUCGCGAGUACUGGAUGUCUUAGGAAGAAUGCUAAUUUUACCAGAAACUUGUGGGACGAUAUUGAAAACAGAUUUUGAUUCCAUGUGCAAACAGGCACGUGGAGCCAUUGAUUAUUUAGAAAUCAGUAAGGAGUUUGAUACAGUCAUUCUGCAAAACAUCCCCAAAAUGACGCUCUUCAAUAAAACGGAGGCCAGAAGAUUUAUUACUCUGGUGGAUACUUUCUACGAUAAUAAAGUUCGUUUAGUCUGCUCAGCAGCUGCCAAACCUAAAGAAUUAUUUAGUGCUGGAAAUAUGAGUCAGAAAAACUUUGAUGACAACAGAAAUCUUAUGGAUGAUUUAGGAAUUCAAGAGAAAUCAGACUUGGCUGCCGCCAGUAUAUUCACAGGAGAGGAGGAGCUGUUUGCCUUUGAACGGACCGUGUCCAGGUUAACAGAGAUGCAGACAGAAGAAUACUGGAACCUGAGAGACACCAAACUAAGUUGAUAAAGUGGGAUUUUAGGAAAUAUUACAUUUUUUAUUUAAUUUACAGGAUGACGAUAAUUAAAGACUGUGAUUAUUUUAAUGAUAUUAAUUUUCUGUGAUGUUAUCUUUUAGCAGCACAUACAAAUAUAACCAAUUUUAUCAGGGAUUGAAAUUUACACACAUGAUUUACAAAACAGUGAUAAGUACGU